UUUUCGGGUGUGAGGCCGCAGACGUGCACCAGAAACAGCAGGAUCAGAUCUGUGACAAACAGGAAGUGGAUGUGGACAAAAACUGUCUGAGCUGAUGAAGAACAAGUGAUCGAACAGUAGAGGGAGACAUUCCCUCAGAAACAUGACUCAGAUUAAAACCUCAGAUCCACCAGAGUGAGAAGAAAGCAGCUCAGUGAGAAACCAUGGACUUCAGUCUCACUGCUGCCGUUUGUCUGCUGAUCAUCACAGGACACACGGUCAGAUCGACACAUCCAGAAUGUUCCAUCGUUCUUCAUCUGCUACAGAAGGAAAACGAGUGUAAAGUCAAAAUGCAGAGCGUCGCUGCAGCGUCACUGAGUCACAGCAGUAAUAAAACUGCAGGUUGUGUGAUGGAGUGGGAUGGAGUGAGCUGUUGGCCGGCUGCGUCUGAAGGAGAGAUCGUCUCUGUCCACUGUCCUCCGCCGCUGCUGAGGCCUGAAACUCCUCCAGUUCUCAUCAGCAGGACCUGCACCGUCGGAGGAUGGGGCACACCGAGCCCGCCAUAUUACAAAGCCUGUUACUAUGAAGCCUCUGAGCAGGAUGAAGACGUGGGGACGGAGAAAAAUUACUUUGAUACCGUGCAGCUGAUCUACAGUGUUGGUUACGGACUGUCUCUGGCUGCUCUGCUCGCUGCUGUCCUGCUUUUCUGCUGCUUCAGGAAGCUGCUCUGCACACGAAGCUACAUCCACCUCAACCUGUUCGUCACCUUCAUGCUCAGAAGUCUGGCUGUGUUCAUCAAAGACGCAGUGCUGUUUGCAGAUAAGAGCGUGGACCACUGCACGGUGUCCACACUUCGGUGCAAAGCAGCAGUGACCUUCUUCCAUUUCUGUGUCCUGUCCAACUUCUCCUGGCUGCUGGUGGAAGGUUUGUACCUACAGACGCUGCUGAUAUUCGCUUUCACUCCGACCAGGAAGCUGUUCUGGAUCUACGCCGUCAUCGGCUGGGGUUCUCCGACAGUUACUAUGGUGAUCUGGGCUCUGCUGAAAAGACAGCUUGACAGUGACGGGUGCUGGGACGACCUGCAGAGCCACUUGUGGUGGAUCAUAAAGAUUCCCAUCCUGCUCUCCAUCUUUAUGAACUUUCUAAUCUUCCUGAACAUCAGCAGGAUCAUCGUUCAGAAGACGAAGGCCACACCGAACCAAAGUGAGACACAGCUGUUCAGGACACUCGUCCGCUCCACUCUCCUCCUCAUCCCUCUGUUCGGUCUUCACUACGUGGUGUUUGCCCUGAUCCCCGAACACGUCGGCCUCGGACCUCGACUCUACCUGGAGUUAGUCCUCGGCUCCUUCCAGGGCUUUAUCGUCGCCGUGUUGUACUGCUUCCUGAACGGAGAGGUUCAAAAAGAAAUCCAGAGGCUGAUGAAAAGCUGCUGCAGCCCUGAGACGAACAUGAACGCCAUCAACCUGCCAACCCAAGAGGUUCCUUAAUUUUAAAAUAAAAUAACUCAGAUUUCUUCCUUCACACUGUAG